AUGGCCAAAGACAAUGGCCCCGAAAAUACCCCCAGUGGCAGGGAGAUUUUCGAAUCGUGUUUCUCUGGCGCUCAAUACCCACCUCGCAUACCUCGGCUUCGAUCGGACCCAGUUCCCCAAUACCAUAGGCUACCCCAUUGUCUCUCCGAAUUUCGCUCAGAAGAAGGCAGAGCAUACCGAAAACACCGGCUAAAGACGAUGCACAAACAUUUACAGCAAUUCAGCCACCAUGAUCGACACUACACAACCGAUGCUGCGAAAACAUGGCUGAACGAUGGAGUUGCAGUCACACCGGAGCGCGCAAAGGACCUCGAGGCUCUGUACGAAUCUGAGUUAUUGGGGAUUUGUGGCGGGGGUGAUCUCCGCUGGACAGAAUUCAAAAAGUAUGCGUUGGCUAAAGAAGCAGAACUAUGGACGAUAUUCCAUGAUGAACUAGAUUUAGACGGGAACGGACAUCUUGACUCGCAGGAGCUUGACCUUGCACUGCGGAAAGCUGGCAUCGAGCUUCCUCCUGCGAUGCUUUCGGACUUUAUGGCAUCCUUAACCACUUCACCACACUCACAUACCAUCACAUUCAGUGAAUUCCGCGAUUUUCUUUUGUUGUUGCCCCGGAAAGUAUCCACCACCGAAAUAUAUGACUAUUAUAGAGUCAGAAAGUUCAUGGGAGACGAUGGAAGGGGCGUAGCCCGUGUUACCAUGGAAGGUGAUGUAACCUUAAGUGCCGAAGACAAACCACCGGCUCUAGCCCAUCCCAAGACGCCGCUCUCGACAGGGCCGUGGCAAGGUGCUUCAGAUGCGCAGGUACUAGAUGAAGACGAUGAUGAUUUCUUCGAGGAGGACGAAGAGGAACAUCAGUGGUUAGAAGGGCGUACAGCGCUUAAGUUUCUGCUUGCCGGAGGCAUUGCUGGUGCAGUGUCACGUACAUGCACUGCGCCGUUCGAUCGACUCAAAGUCUUCCUCAUUACGCGCCCGCCAGAUCUCGGAGGAGCAUCGCUUGCGAAACAGUCCGGUAUUGGUGGUGUGAAAGUGAUAGGUACCGCUGUUGCUCGGAUAUACACUGAAGGCGGUAUCCUCGCGUUUUGGGUUGGAAAUGGUCUCUCAGUCGCCAAGAUCUUCCCCGAGUCUGCCAUUAAGUUCUUCACCUACGAGUCAUCCAAACGCGCAUUUGCGAAGUAUUGGGAUCUUGUAGACGAUCCCCGUGAUAUCAGCGGUGUUAGUCGCUUUAUGUCGGGUGGGAUUGGUGGGAUCACCAGUCAACUAAGCAUUUACCCAAUCGAAACCCUGAAGACCCAAAUGAUGAGCAACACCGGGGAGCAGAAACGGACAUUACUACAGGCAUGCCGGCAUCUCUGGGGUCUGGGAGGGAUGAGGGCUUACUAUCGAGGACUCACUAUCGGACUUGUCGGCGUUUUCCCAUAUGCUGCGAUCGACAUGAGUACAUUCGAGGCUCUUAAGCUCGCCUACCUCCGCUCGGCCGGCAAGGAUGAACCUGGAGUCCUCGCUACUCUCGCAUUUGGCAGUAUCUCAGGGAGCGUCGGUGCCACAACGGUCUACCCACUUAACCUCGUGCGUACGCGAUUGCAGGCGUCCGGUUCCACAGGGCACCCACAACGAUACACCGGUGUUUGGGAUGUUACAGUCAAGACUUUUGAACGGGACGGUUGGAGAGGGUUUUAUCGCGGUCUAUUCCCUACGCUAGCAAAGGUUGUUCCAGCUGUGUCAAUAUCCUACGUCGUUUAUGAACACAGCAAACGGAGGCAUGUCGCCAGUUUCAUCCCCCUCUGA